CUUUAUAACAAACCUUAUUUCAUUGUCCCAAGAAAAAAAAGAAAAAGAAGACAAAGAAGAUAGUCAAAUGAGAAUACAUUCUUCUAAUCAUCCGUGGCUUUUACUAGCCAUUCUCGUUGUUCUCCUCUGCUUUCCUGGAGCUCUCUCAAGCAAGGACGAGGAGAAGACAACCUCGAAGAACACGAAGAAAGAAGUAACUUAUGAUGGAACGUCUUUGAUCAUCAAUGGAAAAAGAGAAUUGCUUUACUCUGGCUCCAUACAUUAUCCUCGUAGCACUCCUGAUAUGUGGCCCAAGAUUAUUAAGAGAGCAAAACAAGGUGGUUUGAACACGAUUCAAACAUAUGUUUUUUGGAAUUUUCAUGAGCUUGAACAGGGGAAGUUCAAUUUUUCGGGUAGAGCCGAUUUGGUGAAGUUUAUAAAAUUGAUUGAGAAGAAUGGUAUGUACGUAACCUUGAGACUUGGACCAUUCAUUCAGGCUGAAUGGACUCACGGAGGACUUCCUUACUGGCUUAGAGAAAUUCCCGGGAUCUUCUUCCGUACAGACAAUAAACCAUUCAAGGAACAUACAGAGAGGUAUGUUAGGGUGAUACUUGAUAUGAUGAAGGAGGAGAAGCUUUUUGCUCCACAAGGAGGCCCCAUCAUAUUAGGACAGAUAGAGAAUGAGUAUAGUGCGGUUCAACGUGCAUAUAAAAACGAUGGAUCAAACUACAUUAAGUGGGCAUCUAAAUUGGUACAUUCUAUGAAUUUGGGGAUCCCAUGGGUUAUGUGUAAGCAAAAUGAUGCUCCUGAUCCUAUGAUCAACGCCUGUAAUGGAAGACAUUGUGGUGAUACAUUCCCUGGUCCCAACAGAGACCACAAGCCAUCUUUAUGGACAGAGAAUUGGACUACUCAGUUCCGUGUUUAUGGCGAUCCUCCGGUGCAACGAUCUGUAGAAGAUAUCGCCUUUUCUGUAGCCCGGUUCUUUUCCAAGAAUGGAAGCCAUGUUAACUACUACAUGUAUCAUGGAGGUACUAACUUUGGAAGAACCUCUGCUCAUUAUGUAACCACUCGUUACUAUGAUGAUGCACCUCUUGAUGAAUACGGAUUGGAAAAGGAGCCUAAGUACGGUCAUCUAAAACAUCUUCACAACGCACUUAACUUGUGCAAGAAGGCACUUCUCUGGGGCCAAUCUCGAACUGAGAAGCCUGGCAAAGACACAGAGAUAAGAUACUACGAGCAGCCUGGAACUAAAGUUUGUGCAGCGUUUCUAGCUAACAAUAACACAGAAUCUGCAGAAAUAAUCAAAUUCAGGGGCAAGGAAUACGUUAUACCGCCUCGUUCCAUCAGUAUUCUCCCUGACUGCAAAACUGUUGUGUAUAGCACCGGAGAGAUUGUCUCUCAUCACACUGCAAGGAACUAUAUGAAGUCAAAGAAGGCAAAUAAGGCAAAUAAGAAGUUUGAUUUCAAAGUGUUCACCGAGACCGUUCCACAGGAGCUUAAAGGUGAUUCUUAUGUCCCUGUUGAGCUCUAUGGCUUGGCCAAAGACGAGUCUGAUUACGGAUGGUACACAACAAACUUCAAGAUAGAUGACAGUGACUUUAAGAAGAAAGGAGGCAAGCCUACUGUGAGGGUUGCUAGUCUUGGCCACGCGUUGCAUGUCUGGCUCAAUGGAGAAUACCUUGGAAACGGACAUGGUAGCCAUGAUGAGAAGAGUUUCGUCUUUCAGAAGCCGGUUGCACUAAAAGAAGGAGAUAACCACCUUACCAUGCUAGGGGUUUUAACAGGAUUUCCAGACAGUGGGUCUUAUCUGGAGCAUAGAUUCACAGGUCCACGUAGUGUUUCCAUCUCAGGGUUGAGCUCUGGACCAAUGGAUCUCACUGAGAAAAGCAAAUGGGGAAACAAGGUGGGUAUGGAAGGCGAAAAGCUCGAUAUUCACACCGAGAAAGGAUUGAAGAAGGUUAAGUGGGAGAAAUUCUCAGGAAAAGCACCAGGACUUACAUGGUACCAGACAUACUUUGAUGCGCCAGAAAGCCUAAGCCCUGCAGCAAUUAGGAUGAAUGGAAUGGGAAAGGGUUUGAUUUGGGUUAACGGAGAAGGUGUUGGUCGAUAUUGGAUGUCGUUUUUAUCUCCUUUAGGCCAGUCAACACAAAUCGAGUAUCAUAUCCCUAGGUCUUUCUUGAAGCCCAAGAAAAAUCUUCUGGUUAUAUUCGAGGAAGAACCAAAUGUGAAGCCAGAGCUUAUCGAUUUUGUCAUCGUCAAUAGAGACACUGUGUGUUCUUACAUCGGAGAAGAAUUCACUCCUAGUGUCCGACACUGGACUAGGAAGAAUGAUAAUGUCCAGGCCAUCACUGAUGACGUGCAGCUCACGGCUAAUCUCAAAUGUUCCGGCACUAAGAAGAUCUCCGCAGUUGAAUUUGCUAGCUUCGGAAACCCUGAUGGGAUUUGUGGAAACUUCACCCGGGGAUCUUGCCAUGCUCCUGUCACUAAACAAGUCGUCGAGAAGUAUUGUUUGGGUAAAGCAGAAUGUGUGAUUCCGGUUAACAAGAGCACCUUCCAGGAAGAUAAAAAGGAUUCAUGUCCCAAAGUUGUGAAGACGCUUGCUGUGCAAGUCAAGUGUGGCCGUCCAAAGAAGAACUAAGUAUAUAUCUUUACUUGCUUCGCUGAACUGUUUUGUAUUUCAUGUUGUGUAGAUACAAAAACUAUUUUGUUGUUCCAUUUUUGAAUUUAUUAAUUAAAACGUAUAUUAUAAGAUGUAACGAAUUUUGAAAUUAUUCCUUAUAAACUAUAACUAAAUUUGGUAGAGUGUAGCGAAGAAGACUGAUUGUUAAAUGAAAUGGACUUCUUGCUAUUGAAAAAAAAAAGUGAUAUGAUUUUUAUUGAGUUUACGAGAAUUCGCGUGAUUUUUGUUAAACAACGCUAGAAUCUUAGCUAAAAACUAAAAAUAUGAAAUUUGUGUUUUUAUUUUUAUAACUUAAACUCCUUUUAAACACUCUAAAAAUAUUUUUAUUAUUUUUGACCAAUUCUAAAAACAUUUAAAUCACUCUGACAUCUCUAGCUUAAAUUAUUUUCAAUAACACUAGAUUUUAAAGUGUUUUAUGAAACAACAAGUUCAGUAAUAUUAGAUUUUAAAGUAUUUUUUUUUUAAAUCCAAGUUUGAACAACAGUAAAUUUGUCAUUUUAAUACAAAGCACCUCAAAUUCUUAGUUGAAUACACCUCUUAAAUGUCUAACACCAAUCUUAUAAUUUACAAUUUUUGGGUUUUCGGAAAUUAGUAUUUUGCAAACGUAAACUAGAAUUUCUUAGGCCUCAAUUGGUGACCACAAUUUAGAUGGUAAAUUUUUCAUUCCUCAAAUUUUAUGCCAUUUUUGUUAAAUAUUUUGUUAGUUAUAGAUUUAUGAGUCCCACUUUAUUCUUCUCAUUUUCUUAUGAAUGAAAAAAUUAAGAAAAACAAAUCUCUUUAGUUUCUACGAAGAAUGGAAUUAAUGAACACAGGUUCAUCUAGAUAUGCUUUUUUAUUUUCUCGACUGAAUAUUUGUUCAUUGCAUUAUUCACUUUUCCACUGAAUUUAACGGUUACCAAUUGAAGCCAUAGAUGGAUUAUAAAGAAAGAAAUGUUUCUUAAUACAAAAACAUGCUUGCCGUUUUAUAAAUAUGUAUCAACUCUCAUGCCGUUUAGACGAUAGAAAAACAACAUGCAGAUUAUAAUACUCUUAUUAGGCGGGGAAAUAGAUACUGCAGAGAACAGAAGAUCACUGACACCGAUCCAUCUUUUCUUUUAAGCCCAUUUCCCCAUUGGGUGGUUUUAUCUCUUUGGCUCAAACUUCAAUGUUAACUAAAAAACAAGAUUUGAUUACAUUAUCUUCCUUUGAACCAUAUAUUGUUUCUUAUAUAUCUUCAUCUCUCUCUCUCUCUCUCAAAAAAGACUUAA